ACACAACACACUACACACUAUGGACAUCAGGUCGCUCAUAAAUCCCACACCCCCCUCUCGUGUCUCUACUCCAUCAAACGCAGUUCCCAACGAUGGCCCUCGAAAACGUAAGCGCACGCCUCUUCCAGCCUCACCCUCGAAGCAAACGUCGCAACGACCGCGCCGCAAACGACACGAUCCCAUACCGAUCUGGGCUAUUCGAGAAGGAGAUAUGCAACCCCACGCGCCGCCAAUCCAAGCCCCGGUCCAAGACGAUAUCGAGACCGACGACGCGCCUGAACCUGCCCUCGAGCCUUCGAUCACAAACAUUACCCCGUACGAUGAGAUCACGCGCAGCGUGUGCGACUUCAUUUGGCAAAAUGUGGUGAUGAACUCGGCUGUACGGAGAGCUUUGGCGGAGUCGCCAGACACGCAGGUGGAGAUUGAGGCCAAAUGGGGCCAGAUGCAAGACAAGCGCACUGGGGAGCGCUUCACAGGCGUACACCAGACGGAAUGCGUGGUGGAUGAAAUGGAUCUGGGCGACAGCAUCAAGUUCGUCAGCACCAUGUCGGAGGCGCAACAUCAGAAAAUGAACAAGUUCCUUAAUGGAUGCGUGACGGACGCGAAGGGGGACCGUAUUCGAGCUCGCGCGCCACUAGACUAUAAACAUGUCAAAGAAAUCGACAAGUUCUUCGAGCUCAACCAUGCAGGUUUCGAGAUCCUCUCCCCGGCCACCAAAGCUCUCCUUCAGACCUUCCUUCGAAAAAGAGUUCGUCUCAGUAGGGACAUGAAGACUGGGCGAGAGCUGGGCAAGAUCAUUAAGCACCGAAUCGCCAACCUCCAUAUCAGCUCCCCGAAGACGGAAUGGGACUACCGGGUCAGCAUAAACCUCGAAAUCAAUUAUCCCCGAGCGGUGAAUGAUCUUGAACCUGCUGCAGAGAGCGGUCUGCCUCAAGAACGAAAGAAGGAUCGAAUGUCGUACACACACCAGAACACCUACCAGAUCGAUUUAACUCAAGUGGUCAAUGAGUCAGGUGUCAAGAACCACGAGCUGGAACUGGAGCUAUACGGGGACAUGCUGGUGCGCGAAGCGGAUAAGAUUAACCAAAAACUGCCCAGCACGUACGAGGGGGUAGUGGGAAUGUUGGUGAAUAACUUGCGCGUCUUGUCGCGGGCCAUAUGAAGCCCUGGAGAUGGUUGUUCUUUGUAUAUUAUCUUAGGGAGCUAUGCCGGCGCUGCAAAGGGGGCAUGAGCCGGCGCUUGGUUUUUUUUGGAGGACUGGAAGGUCCGAAGCGAUACCCUUACAUAUUCCUGGUGUCUCUUCAUAGCACCAGUCUGACCUCUAUCGUAAGACUCUGCCUGUCAUAGUGAAUGUGAUCUCGCCAGCCGGUGCUCCUACUUCUUCUA